AGAUUAAAUGUUUUUUUUAAUAACUCGAAUUUAGUCGUCAUUGCGUUUGCUUCGUUUUUCCUGGACGCUCGAAUUUUCCGUUCGCUUGCCGCCAUCGCCCAGUGAACUCUUGACUCGCGUAUUGAUGGAUGUUCGAAAAACGGCCAAACAGGCGGCGACAGUUUAGUUAAAACUUAAAAAUCCCGGUGCGUAAACAGAAGAAAGACGCGCCAAGUGUUUCCACUCGUUUUUUCCGCGGGCCAGACGCACAGCAACGUUUAUUCACAACCAUGACGGAAGAACAAAUGGACGUGAGUCGUGUAUUCGAAAGUCUGAGCCCAAUUUUUUGGAAGAAGGGCAGAUUGGAAACUUUCAAGCACUGGCCCUUCAAAUCCGAGAAUCACCAGUGCAAUCCCGACAACAUGGCCAGGGCCGGAUUCUACGCGAUCGGCGGCAAGGACGAACCUGACCUCGCCGAGUGUUUCAUGUGCUGCAAACAGCUCGAUGGAUGGGAGCCCGACGAUGACCCAUGGCUAGAACAUAAAAAGCAUCAACCAAAUUGUCAGUUUAUCAAGUUAGAUAAACCCGAAGAGCAAGAUUUGACGCUGAUAGAAUUGUUUCAGUUAGUGCAAAAUUUCUACAAACAUAAAAUGAAUCUUGAUUUUGAGAAAGCUGUAGAGAGUAUAAAGAGAACUUGGAAAGAUUCUGCAAAUACGAUUCCAGAUAUUUAUGAGGCAAUGAAGAAGAGCCGGAAAAAUUUAGACUAGCAAUUAUUUAGACUUAGAAUUGUAUCCACAAAAUCGUCACCUCGUAAACACAAUGUGCCAAAAGUAUCCUAUCUACCACUACAGCCAACGAAAGAAAGAUUAUGUGUGAAUGAGUACACGCGGGUCGAAUGAGUUUCGUCCACGACUGCUCUUCUAAUCGAUUCUCACAGUGAUAAUCUACCAACAGCUUUAUCGCGCGUCAAUCUCUUAAGCAUUAUCUUCGAUGUAUACAUCCGGCAUGUCUCCGUCGAAUCAACUCCAACAAACCGUUCUGUGUCGUCCUUCAUUGUUCACGUCGAAACUCUCCACAACAAUACGAACAAAGACGACAGUUCCAACAUGACAGUAGCAUAACAAUAAAGCUCGUCAUAAGCGUCCAGUAAAUGCGAAGAAGAGACGGCCUAUUCCUUGUCAAAUAGAUAACGGUCAAGGAAUCUACCCAACAAGACUACUGUGUCGGGGCUUGCACACACGCGAGCAAUCGGUGACUGAGAGCACACGUUAUCCACUUCUUGCUGCGCUCAGUAUUUUUCACAGAUACGGGGUGGAUUUCUCUAGACUGCUCGUCGUCUCAUGUCAGUUUUUUUAAAUCGCCGUAUAAGUAGUGCAGUCAUUCGUUCAUGUCAAGGUUCCGCUCUCGUUCAAUUUUUCAAUUGAUCGAAUUCGAGCGCUAGAUACUGAGCUCCAAAAUAGCAUAUCCUCAAAGAGAAAAGAAGUGUAGGCAGCAGAGGACAACGCACAGUGAUAAGGUGGUGCCAUUACCUAUACGUACAUGAUCUGCGAUAGAACUAAGUGUCUAAAGUUGACGGAAAAGCAAGCCGAUGGACUACGUGAAAAGGAGCGAAAGUAUCCCACUACUGGAAAAUUGGACCGCCUCAACUGAGCUUCGAUGGGCUCGCGGCAGACGACAAGGUAAACGAGCGACGAGUCGCUCUUCUGCUCAGUGUUUUGUGUACAGAUAACGCGAGUCGCGAUGUAUACAUCGAUCAAGAUAAUAAUAACAAUAAUGCUCUUGUGUGUGCGAUCCGGUAAAAUUCCGUGCCGAGGCUAUCGGUAUUAUUUUUUCCUUCGGGUUUACCCCUUUUCCGGCUUUAUCUCGUCGUCAUUGGACAUAGAGAGAAAAAAGCGUGAUUAGUAAAUGAUGAUGUUGUUUAGGAUUUGAGAAUACAAGCAUCGACUGUCAUUGUGUGUUUGCCGUAUGCGUGAAUAUAUAAUUUUGUUGUCUGAAUUUUAUAUACACUUCGUUAACGACAACGAAAAAGUUUACGUACAAUUACCACGUGUGACAUACUUAAUCUGAGUUAAUUACAAAAAUCGAGUUCGUCGCGCACUCGAUUGUUUUAUUAACAAUUUUAAAAAGUCUUUAUUUUGGCGAUAAUACUGUAUAUUGACUGGUCAUGUAAUCGAUUAAUUUGAGACCGAUAUCGCACUUUGACUUACCCCGACGUAAUCGCUAAUCGAAAAGAUUAUUGUUAAUCAAUUUUUUUGUGUAUAAACAUUCAUACUUGAAAUCAUCAUUUUAUUGUCGCUUUCAUUUUUAUAAUUCAUACGUUCUUAUGGUUGUUCGUUAGUUUUUUUAAGCCUUAUUCGAAAUAAUAAGAUUCGUUAAUGUUCACGCGAUUAGGGCAAAUGCUAUUGACCGCAUUUGUGGCUAAUCAGUUAACAGUUCAAUGUACUCCCAAGAAUAAACUCUUCGUACCGUUAAGAACGUGCAGUGAAAAAUAAAUCGUUUAUAUUCGAUAA